AUGGCGCCGCCGGACUCCCACGACAUCCUCCCCAGGGUCCUCGCCUUCUACCACCAUUGGAGGAAGCUCUACGGUCCAAAGCAUCUGAUCUGGUUCGGGACCAAGGCGAGGCUGACGAUCAGCUCGCCGGAGCUGAUCCGGGAGGUGCUGCUGACGCGCGCGGAGCACUUCGACCGGUACGAGGCGCACCCGCUCAUCUGCCAGUUCGAGGGCUACGGCCUCAGCAACCUCCACGGAGACGCCUGGUCCCGCCACCGCCGCGUCCUCUCCCCCGCGUUCCACACCGACAACCUGAAGCGGCUCCUCCCCUUCGUCGCCGACACCGUGCGCCGCAUGCUCGACGACCUCGCGGUGGUGGCCGCGUCCGGCAAUGCCGGCGAGGCGGAGGUGGACGUGGCAGAGUGGUUCCAGCGCGUGCCACAGGAGGUGAUCACGUUCGCGACGUUCGGGCGCCGGAACUACGAGGACGGCAGCGUGGUCUUCAAGCUCCAGGACGAGCUCGCCGGCCUCGCCGCCGACGCGCACAGCAAGGUGUUCAUCCCCGGGUACCGCUUCCUGCCGCUGAGGAGGAACAUGCGCGUGUGGCACCUGGUCAGAGAGAUCAGCAAGGGCCUCGCCGCGUUCAUCGCCAACCUGCAGCAGACCAAGCCUGACGAUCACGGCGACGACAAAGGCGGGAUGAGGGACUUCAUGAGCUUCAUGGCGCCGGCCAUGACGCCUGAGGAGAUCAUCGAGGAGAGCAAGAACUUCUUCUUCGCUGGGAAGGAGACGCUACUCGGAAUGAUCGUGAACGAGACGCUGAGGCUGUACCCGCCGGCGGUGGCGAUGAUGCGGACGGCGAAGCAAGACGUGGAGCUGGGCGGGUGCGUGGUGCCGGCGGGGACGGAGCUGCUCAUACCCAUCCUGGCAGUGCACCACGACGAGGAGCACUGGGGCGCCGACGCCGCGGAGUUCAACCCGGCGAGGUUCGGCGACGACCGGCCGCUGCGGCGGCACCAGAUGGCGUUCAUGCCGUUCGGAGGCGGCGAGCGGGUAUGCAUCGGGCAGAACCUGGCGCUGAUGGAGGCCAAGAUGGCCCUGGCCGUCGUGCUGCAGCGGUUCACAUUCCGGCUGUCGCCUUCAUACGUGCACGCGCCUCAAGUGCUCAUGAUUCUCCAACCGCAGCACGGCGCGCCGGUGAUCUUCCGACCGCUGUGA